UAACCACUUUAACAAACUCCAAAACAACAGGGAUAUUGUCAUUAACAACAAUGGGAAGCCUGUCACAUGAAUCAAUCUCAACAAUCUCCGAAAGAAUCUUCCACAACCAACAACACCCAGAUCAAGAAACUCAAACUCAAUCUGGGCUUUUAAACACACGGCCCAAGAACAGCUUUAGAAAGAAGAACAAUCAAGUGUUUCUUGAAGGGUAUGUAGAGGCAUCAGAUGAAGAUGAUCUUGUAACAGCAAAGAGUUUGACUGAUGAGGAUUUAGAUGAACUGAAAGGGUGUUUUGAUUUAGGAUUUGGGUUUAGUUAUGAUGAGAUUCCUGAGCUGUGUAACACUUUGCCUGCACUUGAGUUGUGUUAUUCUAUGAGUCAGAAGUUUCUUCUUGAUGAUCAGCAGAAGUCGCCGGAUCCGCCGGAAGAGUCGAUGAGUGAAACCGGAUCUCCACCGCCGUCUGCUCCGAUUGCUAAUUGGAAGAUUUCUAGUCCUGGUGAUGAUCCUGAGGAAGUGAAAGCAAGGCUCAAGUAUUGGGCACAAGCAGUAGCUUGCACAGUUAAACUAUGCAAUUCACAACUUUCUUGAUUUAUGCACCAAUUUGAGGCAUAACUACAAGUCAUUAAUCAUUAAUCUUGCAGAAGUGGUAGGAGAUCCGACUGUUUGCCCCAUGCCGCCUGUGGCGGUGGAUGAAGGAGGUGGUUGUGAAUUUUGUGUGGUGAUUAGUUUCAAAUUCUUGAUCCGAGAUGGAUAAUCGAUGAGGGGUUGGGAUUUACAUAAAAAAGGAUGAGGAUGAAGAACUUUGAUUCUGAUGGUUUUUUUUUUUUUUUUUGUUCUAAUGUGUUUUGGACAUAUGAAGUUGAUAUGUGUAGCAUUUGUGAUGAAUUAAUUUGUAGUUUGGACUAAUAAAUUGAUGAAAUAAAAGUUCUUACUAAUGUUAGACCUA